AUGGCCACCGAGAUACAGACGCCUUUUGGCCAUUCUCUGCCUCCAGAAGGUGCCCAUACAAUCACUUUCCAUGUGCCGAAAUGGGAGUCGGCCAUCAAAUUCCGCGAGGGUGACAUGAGCCUCGUGGCUCGGCUCAAGAGCAUCUAUCCUCGAUUCAUGCCUUUUGGACCUUCAGCAAAGCUCACCCAAGAGAUAGGAGCCCGGAUCAAUAUCCCCCAGGGACGUGGACUUGUCGGUUUCCUUUCGCCGCAGGUCUGGCACACCAAUAGGCGCCAUGCCGUCUCCGAGUUUCGUAAGGAAAAGGCUGUCAAGGCUGAGGAGCUCAAGUACCACGUCGUGGAAAUUGACGGCAUCCGACUCUACCUGGUCGAGUUUCCGAUGCAAAAAGUCAUGGGGGCUAUUUUCAUGUGGCAGCACGGCGGUCUUGGUUUUUCUACUCGGCUGGGAGAACACCUAGUGUCCAAGAUGGACAGUCUCGAGUAUUUGGGAGAGUUCCCGGACGGUGCCAAUCCGCCACCGCCGACGUACCUCCCAGAGUCGGAGAGCCAUGAACUGCUGCGCAAGCGGAUAUCUGGACUGCUUUCCCGGAGUACCGUGCAGGAGUAUCCGAAGCAGGUCCAGUCUGACGAUAUUUACCUCUACCAAUCUGGAAUGGCUGCUAUUUUGCGGUGUCACGAGGCCAUUGUCAAGUCUCGGCCUGAUCCUAUAGCCGUAUUCGGAGCAGUAUUUCACAGCACUUGGCAUCUUUUCGAGGAGAGUCCAGGAGGAUUGAAACAUUACGGCAAAGCUGAUGAGAAUGACCUGGACGAGUUUGAAAAGUACCUCGAGCAAGGCGGGAAAUGUAGUUAUGCCUUUACUGAAUUCCCCUCAAACCCCAUCUUGGUCAGCACGGACUUGAUCAGACUGCGCAAACUCGCGGACAAAUAUGGCUUUUGGAUCGUGGUAGACGACACCCUUUCUUCAUUUUGCAACAUUGACGUCCUCUCUGUAGCCGAUGUAGUCAUGUCGUCGCUCACCAAAUCUUUCUCUGGCUACGCCGAUCUCAUCGCCGGCUCCCUCGCGUUGAAUCCCAACCUGGCCAGCUACAAUACACUGAAGAACACCUUUAGAGAGGACUAUCACAAUGAAUUCUUUGAAGCCGACGCCAAGCAGCUCUUCAAGAAUAGCGAUGACUAUCUGGCACGCUCGGCCAUCUUGAACCGCAACGCCGCGACCUUGUCUGCUUACUUCCAGGGCCUCGCCGAGGACGCGGGGACGCCCGUGGCCAAGGUCUGCUACCCUCCGUACGCGCCCGGGUCAAGGAACCUGCUGCCAUUCCUGCGCAAGCCCUCGCCCGAGUUCCCCAAGGUCGGCUACGGCUGUCUCUUCUCGGUGGAAUUCCGGACGGAAGCGGAAACGAUUGCGUUCUACGACAACCUCGCCUUCCACAAUGGACCCCAUCUUGGCGCUCACCUGACACUCGCCAUGCCCUAUAAUGCCAUGAUCUAUGGAAAGGACAACCCCGAGUACCAUGCGUCCUAUGGCAUGAGUCCGAACCAAAUCAGGUUCAGUGUUGGUUUGGAGGAUGAGCCGUAUCUUCUGGAUGUUUGCAAGAGAGCGAUUGCCGCUGUCAAGGAGUCCGGAGACCUAGAUGGCAAAAAACUGACAGAGACGGCCAUGGAGCAGGCGGAUGGCAAGGCAGCUGUAGACCCUCUAGGUGGACAACCAGCUGCGAGUGCAUCGUGA